AUUUGGGUUUAUUUUAUUAUUAUUGAGAAAUAUUGAGAAAAUGUCGGAGCCUAUUUUUAAUUCCAAAUUGGCUUUCUCCCACUUUGACCGAAACUACAACCGCGUUCCCAUUUCCCUCACUUUCCUUUCUAUUUCCAAGCUCAAAUACCUCGAUUUCUCUCCACUGAAGCGAGGACUAUGGAUUCCGGUCAAUCGCCGCCGCAAAGGCCGCCGUCGCAGCUCCACCUAUCUCCCCGGCGAGAGCUCCAGCUCCAAGGUCCCCGACCUUCUCCUCUCCGGGUAAGCAAGGAAUCUCACAAGAUUAGGAAGCCGCCAGUGCCUCCGCAGCCGGCGCAGCCGGCCGCUGCCGCGAUUGCUCCGUCGCUGGAGUCGCGAGAGCCCGUCAUCAUCUACACCAUCUCCCCUAAGGUCAUCCACGUUGAAGCCUCCAACUUCAUGGACCUUGUUCAGCGUCUCACUGGCCCAGGCAACGCCGACCCAGACACCCCGCAUGCGGAAAGCGCCGCCGGUCUCCUCUCUCCUGCCGCCAAACUUGCCUCGAUCAAUAGGACGAUCCAGAGCCCGGGAGCCGAUAGGCCCAUGGCUUCUUCCUCCGCCGCCGGCGUCGAUGUUCUCGAUGACUUCGACAUGGACUGCGGAUCGCAGCUGGACCGAUCGUUUUCCAUCCCGGGUAUCUUAUCGCCGCUUCCGGCUUCUCUUCCGCCGAUCUCCCCCGCCUUCUUCUCGCCUUCCUACCUCGAUUCCAGCUUCCAGAACUUCUUGCACGACCUCAGCCCAGCUGCUCUCCAAGCCGGCAGGCCUUCUCCAGGCAGCGCUAUCGUUGGCGCCGCCGGCGGGACCUUCUGGAACACUCCCGACAACUUCUUCUCACCUUCUAUUGUCCCCUCUCCUGGAGCCGCAGCUUGGGAUCUGUUCAACCAAUUUCAAGAUUUCUAGAAUCUGGGAAGAAAAAGAACAGGAAUUUCAUGAACAAGGAAAUUACAAUUUUUCUUCUUC